AAUAUAAAAACUAAAUAAACCUACAGCCGUUAUUGUAUUGAAGCAUUGUCAGGCGCGCAGAACAUAGUUACUUAUCGCAACCUUAUCUAGAAAAAUACACGGAUUUUUCCAUUUUUUUCAGAUUUUUUUUAAAAAGUCAGAAUGCCUAAAAGAAAGCUCGACGGGGACAAGGCUGCCAAAGCCAAGGAAGAGCCAACAAGACGUUCUGCAAGACUGUCUGCUAAACCUGCCCCACCGAAACCAGCCCCAAAGCCGAAGAAACCUGCCCCCAAGAAGACAGCCAAAGGGAAGAAGGGUGCUAACCCUGCUGAGAAUGGAGAGGCUAAGGCAGACCAGGCACAAAAGGUUGAAGCUACUGCAGAUGCCAAAUGAAAAGCAAAGGAAAAGUUUGACUCUUUUGUGUACUUGGUGACUGUACAGUUUGAAACAACUAUUUUUUACCAAGUUUUAUAUUAAGAAUAUCGUUUAUAGUUAAAUUGUUUUUUCGCUUUCAUAUCCAUUUAUAUCCCAAUUUCAACUAAGCCACCCAUAUCUUGCCAAAAUGGUUUUCCUAGUUAAAUUGGUUUUAAACUUAUGAAUGUUUCGAUAGUCCUAUAUUUUUUUUUAUUUUUUUUUUAUUUUUUUUUACAAUAUUUUAAGCACCAAACAUUCUCAUAAGGCAGCUAUAGUGUGUUUUUAAAAUGUUUUGGGUUUCUUUCUUUCUUUUUUUAUUUGUAUACCUACUAAAAUACUGUAUAUUAAUUUUAGUAUGUCCUUAUAAGGCAGUUAAAGCAAAUGGUGACUAAAAAUUCAAUUGGAAAUCAACCAUGAAUAAAUUCACGUCAGAUUAAAGCAUUUUCAGAAAUCUGUUUAGAUGCCAUUAUUGUAAGUUAUAUGCUCCAAUAUUGGAAGGAUGUUUUGUGAUAACUAAAAUGACUUGUUUAAAUGGUUUUGAAUAAAAUAAGGAUUUCAAAAGAAUGUC